AUGACCAGCAGUGAGUACAAAAUACUUUCCCUAUCCCUUCCGCGGCCAUGGACUGACGAAUCCCGCCUCGAAGUGGUCGACAUCUCCUGGCCCCCCAAGUCCCCCAGGGAGGCGCUGCUGAGCUCUCCCAGCGGGCGAAAAAAAUAUGAAGAGAUGCAGCGCCGUCGAGAAAAUUUCGGGUCCCCUCUCAAACGUUCCACGACAACCCCGGAGCUUCGAACAAGAUCGGGUCAGCUCUUAGAGGACGGUCUCGAGGACGAGGAGGAAGACGACGACGACGAGGAAACGCUGAAAUUGAAGUUGGCAGCAAUCGAGGCGCGACUGAAGCUGAAGCAACUUCAGAAAAAUCGUGGGAAGCCAGGCACGCCGGGACCAGACGCACACGACAGAGACGAUGCGCUGUCCAGACCAGGAUCGGCGGUGAGCGCCUCGUCACGGACUCAGGACAAUUUCUCAAGGAUGAAAGGCGCGAGAGAGACGUCGAGCAGACUCGAGCCCAGUGAGGUGCAGGUCCCAUUGUCGCCGACACGGCGUCCGGCAGCCGCAGCUCCGCCCGCCUCCCCGCGAAGGUAUAUACUCGGUAUCGACAAGGGCCGCAAAGGCAGUGAUGUUUCUCUAAAGCGACCUCCAAGCUCCAGGACUACCGGCCGGCCGACCAGCGGAGGUGGUAUUCGCGACGGCAUGGCGUUGCAUUCCCACAAUGCCCUCACCCAGGCUUUGGCAGGGGAGGGAACGGGCAGAGAGGCUACAAGUCAACAGGAGCUCAGCGUUCCAAUUCGACAAGGCAGAGGUGGACGCUUUCAAGGCGGCAGCGAGGCAAGGAAGGGGUCUCCUACACGGUCACCGACCAGACAUCGACAGACGGAAAGCUUCAGCCGAGAUGACGUUCUACGGUCAUGCAAUAAUCUCAAGCCCGUAGGCCUGAAAAGAAGCCAGACGCUGCCCAGUGUGCGAAGGAACCCGGAUCAGGAUGAGCCUGGGUCAUAUCUCCAUAGACGAAACCAAAAGUCUGAAUCCGAAGCACAGACAGCUUCCUCUACCAGCUUUGAACAUACCGGGUCGGACGACACUCGCGAAGGGAGUGUACCAGACAAGACUCCUGACUCUUCGAAAUUCGAACCCUUUUCCUCCCUUCAUCUUUCUAACCGCAUUCUACCGCACUCCUUUCUAACCCGCACUCUAGCUGACAAGAAGGUUCUCCGCAUUCCCGAUCUUCUGAGAACAGUAAAGGGGCCCGCCUUUGAGCUCCCUGAAACUGUCAACGGGGACUACGUGGUUUUUGGAAUAGUAGCCUCGAAGUCCGAGCCCAGAGAGAUCAAAGACUCGAAAAAGGUGUCUGCAAAAGAAGCCGAUCCCUUUGAUGAAGGACUCAACAACACCAGCAGAUACAUGUGCAUCCAACUCACGGACCUGAAAUGGACCAUUGACCUGUUCCUUUUCGACACCGCUUUCCCGCGGUAUUACAGGCUAUCUGAGGGCAUUCUUAUCGCAAUCCUGAACCCGACGAUUCUGCCUCCACCGAAGCACAAGCUAGACACCAACAAGUUCAGUCUCGCAAUUUCAUCGUCUGACGACAAGGUCCUGGAGAUAGGCUAUGCGCAAGACAUCGGCUUCUGCAAGGCCGUCAGGAAGGACGGCAAGACAUGCCAAGCGUGGGUUGACGGCCGUAAGACGGAGUUCUGUGACUUCCACAUUGAUAUCCAAGUUCGUCGCACCCAGUCCCAACGAAUGGGAGUCAACACCGGGACAGGCAUGUUCGGUCCGGGUGGACGCUCUGGGCCACGCACUGGCUUUUUCGGCGGAGGUAAAGGGAAGGGAGAAGGGCCCCGAAAGGGGCUGAAACCCAACGGUGCACAAUACGAUUUCCAGUCUCAAUCUGUAUACUAUGUUGCGCCGGCCCCCAAGUCCCGAGCGGGCAACGGCUCCUCCUUCGUCAUGCCCGGCGGCCAGUCUGCCGCUCGACUCAUCGACGCCGAUGACGAAGACCCCUUCAUCGCUGCCGGCCGGAUGGGGCGCGGAAUGGAAAACAAAGAAGAACGAUUCCGCCGACGGCUUGUCGAACAGCAACGGGAGCGCGAUAUCGCCCAGAAGCUUACGUCUCGGGGAAUCGGAAUGGGCGCCGAAUAUCUUCGGGCUCGAAAUUCCGAGAACGUCUCGUCUCCCCUGCCGGAGAAUAUCACACCGGCGAAGGCAACCCCUACCGCGGAGACCCCUUCGAGUCACUCAGGCCUGCUCGGCUUCAGGAAAGCAAACACGGUGCAACUGGGCCCGUUGAAGCGCGCUCAUGAUGGCACACACGGCAACAGCGUGAAAAAGACCCGAUUCAUCACCGCCAAGGGCAUCAAGGAAGCCGGAAGAGAUAGCCUGGGGAUGUCCGAAGCGACCAGGACAGGCUUCGAUGAUGACGAUGACGAUGAGCUUGAUAUCAUAUAA